AUGGCUGGCUUGGUCUGUCACAUGAAAGUUCAAGUUAGAGGUUACUUCCAAGAAGCCAAAUGGUUCCACCAGAAGUACACACCAACAAUGGAUGAAUAUAUGUCAGCAGCCCUUGACACAUCCUACUUUCCGCUAGCAACCAUAUCCUUCAUUGGAAUGGGAGAUAUUGUUACAAAAGACUCCAUGGAUUGGGUGUUUAGUGACCCUAAGAUUGUAAAGGCUGCAUCUGUAAUUGGGAGGCUCGUGGAUGACAUGAAGUCCCAUAAGUUUGAACAAAAGAGAGGACAUGUUGCCUCAGCUGUGGAAUGCUACAUGGAACAUUAUGAUGCCACAGAAGAAGAAGCAACAAUCGAACUAAGUAAUCAAGUGAGCAAUGCAUGGAAGGACAUAAACGAAAUUUGCCUCCGCCCCACCGUCUUCCCCAUGCCCCUAUUGUUGCGAAUUCUGAAUCUUGCACGUGCGAUUGAAGUUAUAUACAAGCAUGAUGAUGGCUUCACUCAUGCUGGAAUUUUUCUUAAGGAUUCUGUAGUUUCUCUGUUUGUUGAACCUGUGUCUCUUUAG